AAACUACGGCGACAACUUUCGUUCUAAAGACAGCUAUUUCCGUUUUUGUGCUGACGCGUCGUAAGUUUUUUUCAAACCUCUUCUGCUCAUACGUGUCAGUCUUCUUUCACUGUAGAGCUAGAGACGUGUUGGACACUUACGAACCAUGGCACCCAAAGGUAGCAGCAAACAGCAAUCAGAGGAAGACCUACUCCUCCAGGACUUCAGCCGAAACUUGUCUGCAAAGUCCACCGCGCUUUUCUACGGCAAUGCGCUAAUCGUGUCCGCAAUUCCCAUUUGUAAGUAGCAAGACCAAACCGCUAGCUGGUUAGCAGCUAAUUGUAGCAUAGAUGCAUUGCAUUGAAUGGACAUUCUACUACCCGUAGCUAGCUUUCUACCUGACAUAGCUAACUUACGUGACGUGUAGCUAUCUAAGUUAGCUAUCCUGUACGCCACCGCUGGUUAAUAUAUUACCCAGUUUAGCUACCUAACUAGCUAGUAUAUGACGGGUACAGUUAUCAAGUUAACUAGCUAACGUUAACUACUUGCUUGCUGAGAUUGAUAUUGUGGUUGUGUUGGGUGUUGUAACUAGCUAUCUAGUUAGCUAACUAGCUACGUUAUCCCAGACUUUAUUAGCUAACAGUCAGGUCAUUGUAGGUAGUUAACGUUAACUAGUCUAUUCUGUUCAGUGGCACUAAUAUGUAAUACUAUCAUAAACAGAGUAGUUAUUGCUCGUGUGAACUGUGGUGACCCUCCCUGUUUGUGGUCUUCCCUUGUUGUGGUUCAGGGCUGUUCUGGAGAAUCUGGCACAUGGACCUGGUCCAGUCAGCGGUCCUGUAUGCAGUCAUGACACUGGUCAGCACCUACCUGGUGGCCUUCGCCUAUAAGAACGUCAAGUUCGUCCUCAAACACAAGUAUGUUCAUCAUACAAACAUGAACACUCACUUAAAACGAUUGCCUCCGAUUUCUGCAAUGCUUGGAGUUAUGGUGAGUUGGGUAUCAAUCUGUAGUAAGUUGGUACCUAAUUUCUAAAUGUGCCUUGUCUCUCGAGCACAGAGUUGCCCAGAAGCGAGAGGAUGCCGUCUCCAAGGAGGUGACCAGGAAACUCUCUGAGGCUGACAACCGCAAGAUGUCUCGCAAGGAGAAGGAUGAGAGGUCAGUCUGCCAGCCAGUCUGUGACUGGACAUGUCAAUCACUCCUCUGAGUGGGUUACUGGAGGGUGAUAAGGUGCCUGAUGAGCUCUUGGUUGCACAGUUGCUCAUUUAUAGACCUCACUAACAGACAGUUCUCAGUGUUCUCACCAAAACAGCUAACCUGGGUACCAGUCUGUUUCUGGUCUCUUUAAUAUAGCCUGGGUACCAGUCUGUUUCUGGUCUCUUUAAUAUAGCCUGGGUACCAGUCUGUUUCUGGUCUCUUUAAUAUAGCCUGGGUACCAGUCUGUUUCUAGUCUCUUUAAUAUAGCCUGGGUGCCAGUCUGUUUCUGGUCUCUUUAAUAUAGCCUGGGUACCAGUCUGUUUCUGGUCUCUUUAAUAUAGCCUGGGUACCAGUCUGUUUCUGGUCUCUUUAAUAUAGCCUGGGUACCAGUCUGUUUCUGGUCUCUUUAAUAUAGCCUGGGUACCAGUCUGUUUCUGGUUUCUUUAAUAUAGCCUGGGUACCAGUCUGUUUCUGGUCUCUUUAAUAUAGCCUGGGUACCAGUCUGUUUCUGGUCUCUUGCUAACUCCCUAUAGAAUUGUCAUGGUCCUGUGUGGCUCAGAUGGUAGAACAUGGCAUUUGCAACGCCCCAGGUUGUGGGUUCGAUUCCCACGGGGGACCAGUAAAAAUGAAAAUGUAUCCACUCACUACAGUAAGUCUCUGGAUAAGAGUGUCUGCUUAAUGGCUUGACAAUGGAGUAGGUAAAGCACAAACAGAUCUGUGGCUAGGCUACCAAACAAUAGCCUUACCCAUGAAACCCUAUUCUCAGACACAUGCACAAAUGGUUGAUGAACCCUUCCUUCCCUAUGUUAGGAUCCUGUGGAAGAAGAACGAGGUAGCUGAUUAUGAGGCCACCACCUUCUCUAUCUUCUACAACAACACUCUGUUCCUGGUCCUCGUCAUCAUCGCCUCCUUCUUCCUGCUCAAGAACUUCAACCCCACCGUGUAUCCUUUGAGCACAUUCAUCGUCAUCAAUUUAACUAGACAGGUAAAGUUCCAGUAGAAACUAUGGGUGCUUACUAAAGCUGAAAAUAGAUGGAUGAUCUAUCUACUAAUAAUGAUAAUAAUUUGACUAAUAAUGAUUGUCGAGGCUAGACUUACAUCCUGGCAUUCUCAUUGUCCUGUUGUGCUAUAGUACUCGGAGGAAAACACUUAGUUGCUUAUUCAUUGGCUGUAGUCUGUGGCCUAGCCAAUCACCAGUUCAAAUACAGAUCCUGUAUUGAAGCUCCAGGUUGUCAUGGCUGCAUUCUGUUUACGUUUCUGGAUUGCCGUUUACCUCUGGCUGAAUAAUGUCUGAGAAGUGGGGUUGAGUGGAGGAGAUUCUUAAUGCUCACCCAUACACCAUAAGUAUGUAGCUAAGCCUGACACAUUAUUCCCUCACUACUUGCCUGCCGUUUCCUCCCAGCAUAUGCUCCUCAGAUAUGAUUUGUCCUUAACCCAUUGUUCCCCAGUAACUACAUCCUGUCCAUCAGUGCCUCAUCUGGCCUCAUCGCCCUGCUGUCCACUGGAUCCAAGUAAAGGAGGAAAGAAAUUAACAACUGAGAAGAGGGUGGUGUGGAGGGAUGGUUGGGGUGAAGCUAGGGGAUUUUCUUUUUUUAUAUAUACGAAUGGGAGGAGAAUAAAAUGAUCAUGGAAUUUCAGCUGUGAGUUUUCAUGAAAUUCAUGAUCAAAUGUCUGGAGGUCACUCCAGGUCUGUCCUUUGCUUUUUGUACUGAUUUAAUUAAAGUGGUCAGAUCAAGAA